GAAGUCGGGAGAGCCCCGGAACAGCAGAGUGGCGGGGUCCUUACAGGGAGACCGAGGGGUCUCCUUUGGGGAGCUGUGUGCGUCCUGGGCUGUCCGCAGGACCUCUGCGCUGCCAAAGCGACUGGAGAAGCCCAGCGCGAGGCUUCUCAUCACGGCACGCACUGUGUUCUCAGGUGUCCGGAAUCCGUGUUCUCCCCAGGAGCAGAGGCAGUGUGUACAACGGGCCGCCGAUAGCCUCUCCUUCUGAUGAAAAACAAAAAGAAGAAUGGACUACAGUCACCAAACUUCCCUAGUCCCAUGUGGACAAGAUAAAUAUAUUUCCAAGAAUGAACUUCUCCUACAUCUGAAGACCUACAACUUGUACUAUGAGGGCCAGAAUCUGCAGCUCCGGCACCGAGAGGAAGAAGACGAGUUCAUUGUGGAAGGGCUGCUCAACAUCUCCUGGGGGCUACGCCGGCCCAUCCGUCUGCAGAUGCAGGAUGACAAUGAGCGCAUCCGUCCCCCUCCGUCCUCCUCCUCUUGGCACUCCGGCUGUAACUUGGGGGCGCAGGGCACCAUCCUGAAGCCCCUCACCAUGCCCAACAUUCAGAUCUCAGAGGUGGAUGCACCGGCCGAGAGCGAUCAGACUCCGAGCCCCACAGACUCCAGGGGUCUGAAGCCCCUGCAGGAAGAUACCCCACAGCUGAUGCGCACGCGCAGUGAUGUUGGAGUGCGUCGCCGUGGCAAUGUGAGGACACCCAGCGACCAGCGGCGAAUCAGACGCCACCGCUUUUCCAUUAAUGGCCACUACUACAACCACAAGACGUCGGUGUUCACACCAGCCUAUGGCUCCGUCACCAACGUCCGCAUCAACAGCACCAUGACCACCCCGCAGGUCCUGAAGCUGCUGCUCAACAAAUUUAAGAUUGAGAAUUCUGCGGAGGAGUUUGCUUUGUACGUGGUCCAUACCAGCGGUGAGAAACAGAAGCUGAAGAACACCGAUUACCCCCUGAUUGCCCGAAUCCUCCAGGGCCCAUGUGAGCAAGUCUCCAAAGUGUUCCUUAUGGAGAAGGACCAGGUGGAGGAAGUCACCUAUGAUGUGGCCCAGUAUAUAAAGUUUGAGAUGCCUGUCCUUAAAAGCUUCAUCCAGAAGCUCCAAGAGGAAGAAGAUCGGGAAGUGAAGAAGCUGAUGCGCAAGUACACUGUGCUCCGGCUAAUGAUUCGCCAGAGGCUGGAAGAGAUAGCUGAGACUCCAGUGACUAUCUGAGCCACAAGAUAAGGGUAUUCAGACACCCCAGGAGCCACCAUUGAUGUGAAAAGACCCCCCAGGAGGCUCAUCACUUUCAUUGCAUGGAGACAGUUAAAGGCAAACCUCUCAGCUCCAGAUAAGCCAUCCUUUGCUUCCUGGAGCAGGAUGAAGCCAACAGACAACUCCCCAUCUGGAUUCCUGCUCUUCUUUCUUUCACUCGCAAAGACUUCUGACUCUUGAUGUAGAAGGACCCAACAUGUGUGCGCGUGCGUGCGUGUGUAUACGGUCCCCGUGCCUCCCUGGUACUUUCACAUGCCGUUCACUUCCAAGCAACCAGCACAAGUGUCAGGAGGCUGGCAGACGUGCUGUUCAUGGGCAGGGAAUUCAGAGCAGUCUCUGAUCUGUGAGGGCUUAUGCUGAAGAAAAGACUUCUCCCAUCCAGUACCAACCGCACACAUCUGCCUAGGUUUAGAAGGGAAGGGAGUGCCGGCAGUGCCACGAGCUCACCAUUUGGGGUAGUUAGGCUUUGGUAGAGUCUCCCUAUAUGUCCGGGAAGAUCAUGAAUGUGAAAUCCUUGGGAAUUAGCACAAUAACAACAGCCCAGUACCCUUGGAGGAGUCCGAUGCAAAGACAAAGAUAAACCAUCAACGGGGCAGAUGCAAUAAGCUCACAGAUUUUACACUGGAAACUUGGAUCAUUUUGAACAAGAAAGAUAUAUAUGAUGUUUUAUGUGGAUGCCUGCA